AUGCCAGGCAAAACUGUCAGUUUAUCAACAAGUGAAAAAGUAGAUGAUACGAAUAAUUCACCACUUCUGUCUGAAACAGAAGCAACCAGAGACGUGACAUCAAAACGCCAAACAGGAAGACCAAAGGAUUCAGAGCAAUCAGCAAAAGUUUUGGAUGAAAAUCAAAGUUCAGAUGAUUCAAGUGAAUAUUCAGAUCGUCCACCAAAAAAACAUAAAAAAGAGGAACAGAAUAGGGAAACAAGUGGUUCCGAAGAAGAAGAAAGUUAUUCUGAAAAUGAUGUUGAUACACAAGAAACAGAAGAAGACUCGGAUGACGACUAUGAGGAAGAAGAUAGUGAAUAG